ACUACCCAAGGUAUUUUAGUACAGUUUUCCAUCUAUAUAUUAAUAGUUUUCCUCUUUCUCCUUAGACUUAAAGUCUUUGCUUUUAUACCCUACUUUAAAGAAGAUAUAGUAAAGCUAAUUAUUCAUCUUAAUAAGUUGUUUAACUUUCUAGACAGAUUUUAUAUCAACUUUACUAAACUUUGUUAUAUAAAGAACGAUUUUAUAUACCCUAUUAUAUUCUUCUUAAAAACGAUAUCUAAACUAGAAAGCAAUUACCCUAUCUAUAAUAAGGAACUCCUUACUAUUAUAUAUACUAUUGAAGAAUAG